CAUUGGUCCCUCUUGCUGCCACGUGACCUGUGCUCCACUUCUCUUCCUUGCCUUUGGACUGCUCAGGCUGCGCGGUUUCAUUUCGGGAUUGACGCUCGUCUGUUGUGUACGAGUGUGCGCGUGUGUUCCAAAAAAAAAAGAAAAAUAUGUGAGGAGCAGAUAAAGGUACAGUCGCCGGGACCGGAGAGUUGUUUCGUAAGCUCUGAGGGGACGGGGGCUGAGAGGAAGACAGACUAGAAACAGAGAGAGCGAGGGAGGCUUAGAGGAAAAGCCCCGUAGCACAGAGAGGAAGUCAGUCCUGGGGAAGUUGGGUAACGUCAAAGAAUGAGAGGGCGGCCAUGUUCUCAUGAUUCACCUGGCUGCGAAUGGGAAAAUCCGGCGACCGUUAACAAAGAGGACAGACUCCGCGAGGCCGAUCAGCCAGCGAUUAGGCGACAGGACUGGGGUUGGCGAGGGUUGAGCGAGGCAACGACGGAGAUUCAACGGACAAGGACAGGAGAAAGCUAAUGUGUUCUGGUUAGGGGUUCUUCGAACGGCAGGGUUCUUCCCGUUCGGAGCCUCCGUCCAUCAGGCUGCUAUGACUUAUUCCAUUGACUCCCCACUUUGUUACGUCGCUUUCCUCAGUCCGUUGUCCUGCUCGCCUGACGGCAAAGUGUAAUCCGGCGUACCCUCCACGUCCUUCCCCUCGUACUAGAAUGAAAAGAGGGAUAUCGCGGAAAAUUCCCUUUCCCAUCUCGGAGAAAAGGCUCACUCCCAACGACAGCCAGCGUUAAUACCAAUGCCAAGGACCCAGCGGCGAUGGAAGAACCAGGCUCAGGAAAGGACGAGGCGGCGGUUGUAACAUCGCCGAACAAGUCGCCACGGACGUUGGAUUUAAAGGGACGAACCGAACAGCUGAUCUGAACUGUGGGAUAUGAGGGAAGAGGAGGUGGAGCUGGAGGCAGUCGGAAUGCGGUUUCCUAGGGACUGGAGCCCACGGCUCUUUCUCUUUCUCUUUCUGUUCACUGCACACUCCUCCAUUCCGACGUACGUGCCCGCCGCGGCUCAGAUAAUGGCCUCUCGCUCUGCACACACUGAAGAGAGAGAGAGCAGGGGAGAUGGAGGUAAAGGCGGUGUGAGAGGGAGGGGAAUAGAGAGAGAUAGACGGAGAGAGAGGCGAAAAGGGGGGGGGAGGGUGUCGAUUGAAGAGAAACCGACUGCAUGUGUAGCCGAGAGACGGGAAGAAAGAAGGAGAGAAAGAGGAUAUUGAGAAAGGGAAGGGAGGAGCAGACAGAUAAUGAGAAAGAAGGGAGCAGAGGGAAGGUGGCGGCCAUAAGGAGAGGCUAAGAGAAUGAGGACGGCGGGGAGGUUUGUUGUUUAUGUGUGGCCGGAACGCGCUGGGGGAUUUUGCCGCUCGCUCCUUCUGGCCGGAUGAAAGAAGUCAAGAAGGCAAGCCGAGACGGUCCAGUUACUCGCACGCCGUCCUGACACCUCAAGCCACGCUCAUGCUCCUCUCUGCCGGCCUCCUCGCGGCUUUCUGCUCUCCGACCGGCGCCUAUGGAAGUCUCGGGCCACAGUAUUCACAAAGUCACUUCAUUGGAUGGCCCCAGAGGUGGAGAGCAGAUGGAAAGUGGGUCACCAGACCGCCUCCAGGAAGGCGUGCUGAGCCUGGAACUAUCCAAUGGUGUGAAUUGCUACUCAGAUGAUAAUGAUUCAUCAAUGGAAACAGAGCAGAAGAGGUCAGGAAGUGUACCCCCAAGGCAGUGCUGGGUGGCAGAACAUGGCAAUGACCAACGGCAGCCAUCUCUGAACAGCAGCAGUCAUGGAAACCGACGAGAACAUGUCCACCACGUGGAUAUGGAGGAUGCUCAAAAUCUGGUUAAUUUUUCUGCCGUUGCCGGCACCUUACCGCCUUCUUCCUCUACUUCUUGCCUCCAAGUGCAGCCUUUGACAAAACAGCUGUAUGAGAAGUUUACCCAGGAGAUGGGAGCUGAUGGGGCUAGGAUCAAACACUCAUCGGCUCCUGACUCAAGCCACCAAUCUCCAGAAAACAUGAACACGCUACAGACAGCACUGAACCAUGCGAAACAUGGUCACAAGCCGCCAAACUGUAACUGUGAAGGGCCGGACUGUCCAGACUACCUGGAGUGGCUGGAGAAGAAGAUUAAGUUGGCAACUAGUCAGGCUCAAAGCACCAGCAAGACGAAUGAUUCAUCACAUUUGCAGUCCACCAUUCAGCAGCCCCAUCUGAAGAACCAGUCCUAUCUCCAGACCAAUGGCGGCCACUUGUCUUCUUCAUACCCCCAACAGCAACAGCGAACAAAAGGCCCACACUCUGGCCAAGUGUCCUACUCCAAACUUCCUCCGAUUCCCUGUUCUCCCCAGGUGCUGUCGAUAGCCAAGGAAAGGAAUGUCAGUCUACAGACAGCCAUUGCCAUAGAAGCCCUCACACAGUUAUCUGGUACUGGAACUCAAGGUGUUGGUCUUCCAGGUCACAUUCUCUUUAAUAAUAACCUCCUCCAUCAUCAACAUAGCCAAAACCUUUUAUCUCCGUCACCAAAUGGCACUAACUUAAUACCAUCCUCACGCUCUCAGUCCGUCCCUCCAGGAUUAAACACUGACCAGCAAACAGCAGUGUCCUGUGAGCACCAUAGACCCCAGUCACAGGGCCAGCCCCCCCAUGCUUCUACCUCUCCCUUUCCAGGUCAAGGAAAUCCUCAAGGCUUUGGCCAGAAUCCCCAACAGUGGCUGCAUGACCCAAACAGAGGCUCUGAAGAACAGAAAGUAUUUAUGCGUAUGAAAUCCGAGUCCUUGUCCCAUUAUGCUGGUGCACCUCACGCAAGAUCAGACCCCAUGACAGAGCUCAAACAGCUGCUGGGUGACAAGUCUGGCAAUGCAUCUUUCAAACUUCCAGUCACACAGCAGUUAAGCCAGAAUGGGGGUUUGCAGGCACAGGACCAGCCAGCUUUGCCCAGAAUAAAGCAAGAGCCAGACUCUGGUGAGCUCUACCAUCACUCUGCCUCCAUGGGACAUGGCAAUGUGGCAAAUGGGCAGUUUCUGUCUCACCAUUACCCUGGCUCUCCUUUGUCUCCUGGGCAAGCAGCCAUCAGACACUCAACUCAGGCAGCUCUGCAACAGCACCUUCACUACAAGAGAAACCUCUUCUCUAAUCAUCCUUCUGGCUUUGGUGCCCCUGUGGCUUGUCAAAACUUAAAAAAAUGGUGGCCACAGAUGGAAGCCAAUGGUUUGACUCAUCUAAACAUAAAGCAGGAGCCCAAGGAACCCAAAAAGAAGAAAAAUGGAUCUCCUGUCUUAAAAGCUAUGAGUGGGAUGCUCCCAGGCCCUCCUCUUCCUAAACCCAAACAAAUUAUAAUCAAGAAGACUAAGCAAAAAGCCUCUGUGCCAACUUUCCUGCCUAAGUCUCAAAUCACCACCGGCCGAGCCAACAUCCUGACCAGUCUGCAACCUGCGGGUUCACUGCCCCCUUUGUCCUUCCACAGUAACUCCUCUCAGGUGGCUGCUGCAGGCCUCCCUGCCCAAGCCCAAACUCAGGUAUCCAUUUCCAACCUCUCAUUGCCUCCCUCUUUAACGAGUUCUGCUUCGUCAGCAAACACGCCGGCUCCCGUAGGCUCUCUUCCCCCAGCGAUGGCCCAUGCAACCAAUGCUAAACCAGAGGAAGUGGGUAGUUCAGCCCCUAACACUGCCAGUCCUGCCUCACAUAUGACCGCCACAUCCCCACCCAACACCUCACGGUUACCGGGUCUCAUUAACAUAGACCCCAAGUAUGAAGAACUGAUCCGUCAGUUUGAAGCAGAAUUUGGGGACUCAGCUGCUGCAGACACACCUUCUAGCCAAGCCAUGUCUGCGACUGAUACGGCUUCUCAGAUAAGAAACAAAUCCCAGUCCAAUCUCACAGCAUCUUCCAUCACCCAGAUUACUCCAUUCGUCCACACCCCAGAGUCCAGCUCCACGCCUCAUAUGAACAGUAAGGAUAUGGCUGUUAACAAAGAUAACCCUGAAGCCCAAAGGGAAGUAACCUCAAGCCAAGCAUCCAUAGAGAGCCGGAUGUGGGGCCAGAGGGACAUCAUCCAACAGCAGCAGCAACACAGUCAGAUAGAAGAUACGUUCAGCAUACCAUGUUCGCCCAAGCCUAAACGGAUGAAAAUCGAAACCACGGGCGAUGUCUCUGUACUUUCCACCACUUGCUACUCUGAGGAUGACACACCCACGAAGAACGGCCUGCCUUGUUCUCCAUCUUUGAAAGGGUUCUUGGAGUCUCCUCUGCACUAUCUCGACACCCCCACCAAGAACUUGCUGGAUACUCCUUCAAAAGACUUACAGGCGGAGUUCCCCACUUGCACCUGUGUGGAACAAAUCCUGGAGAAAGAUGAAGGGCCUUACUACAACCACCUGGGAUCUGGACCCACGGUGGCCUCCAUCAGAGACCUGAUGGAGACACGGUAUGGCGAGAAAGGAGAUGCUGUCCGGAUAGAAAAAGUGGUGUACACAGGCAGAGAGGGGAAGAGCUCAAGAGGAUGCCCGAUUGCUAAAUGGGUGAUUCGUCGAUCAUGUGAGAAGGAGAAGCUGCUGUGUCUGGUGCGGCAUCGUGCCGGCCACCACUGUGCCAACGCGGUCAUCAUCAUCCUCAUCAUGGCUUGGGAGGGCGUCCCCAAGCCUCUGGCCGACAAACUGUACCGCGAGCUGAGUGACACCCUCACCCAGUACGGAAACCCCACCAGUCGACGCUGUGGCCUCAACGAUGAUCGCACCUGUGCAUGCCAAGGCAAGGACCCUGACACCUGUGGUGCUUCCUUCUCUUUCGGCUGCUCCUGGAGUAUGUAUUUUAACGGCUGUAAAUACGCCCGAAGCAAAAUACCGCGCAAGUUCCGGCUGCAAGGAGAGCAUCCUGAACAGGAGGACAAACUCAGGAACAACUUCCAGCAUCUGGCAACCGAGGUGGCUCCGUUGUACAAGCAGCUGGCCCCUCAGGCCUACAGCAACCAGUGUGAAUCAGAGUCCAAGGCUCCAGACUGCCGGCUGGGUUUGAAGGAGGGCAGACCGUUUGCAGGAGUCACCGCUUGCAUGGAUUUCUGCGCCCACGCCCAUAAGGACCAACACAACCUUUACAACGGCUGCACAGUAGUGUGCACUCUGACCAAGGAGGACAACCGCGUGGUCGGGGAGAUCCCUGAAGAUGAGCAGCUCCACGUGUUACCUCUCUACAAGGUCUCCACCACUGACGAAUUCGGCAGCGAGGAUGGCCAGCUCCACAAGAUGCAGACUGGAGCCAUUCAGAUGCUUCAGGCUUUCCGGCGAGAAGUACGUAAGUUGCCCGAACCAGCCAAGUCCUGUCGACAGCGCCGCCUGGACGCCAAGAAGGCCGCAUCAGAGAAGAAGAAGAACAAACUCCAGCAGACGGCGGGACAGACACCCGAGAAGACGUUGUUCAAAGCUGAGUUGUGCGUCACCGAGUCUCCUCAACACCAAGUUAAUAAAGCAAUUGUAAAACCAGAGGUGAAGCCCAUCGUCAAAAAGGAGCCUUUCAACGGAUCAAUGGAUGGAUACUCUUUUCAAGCAGCCAGUGCAAUCAAGAACAUGUACCCACAAGCUGCCUACUAUGCAAGGGGCCAGCCCUCUGCAGCAGACCCAGUAAACGGCUAUAGCCACAACCUGCCCGCAUCGCGCUAUAGUCACUACAACUACCCCCCUAAUGCACUUUUCCCACCCAAGAUGAGGACUUACGAGGCUCGAAAUGCGGGCACUAAGGCUUUCCAAGUGGACCAAAAGCCCGAUAUUCACAACCUUCAGGCCAGACUGGCUCAUUCUUAUCCUGGCCAUACAGAACCAACCAAACACACGAAUGCCCAGCAGCCACAGGCUUUUUCUGUCUCCUCUGAGUCCUCCAACAGAGACACUCCAGUUAUCAAGCAGGAACCGAUGGAUAUGCCAGUCUGCGAAGACACGGGACUGAGCCAGGCGGGUGCAAACACACCAAGCAACACUCCUAACUCUGCUACCUGGCCUGGAAAUCGGUUAAAUGGAAGUAUUGUUCCUGCAAACUGGGAGAAUCAGAAUUGUAGACAAAGUCCCGAAGCCUUGUUAGCUAACGCAGACAAGCAGAGGUUCCACCAGCAUUCCCAGCAGCAGCCCUCUCCCUACCCUCAGCCAUGGACAUCCUUUCCUGGCUCAACUAGCCUACUGGCAUCCCCUGCAUCAUCACCAGUUCCCCAGGUGCCUCCUUCCCACUCUCCGCAUUUAGGCACAGGUAUCCUGGGCAACAUACCUCAAGGAUCCCCACGUCCAAGCACCCCUCAUCCAAGUACACCUCAGCCUGGUGUCACACCCCCAUUCUCACUCGCAGACCGUUCACUUACACCACAUUCCGCUUCUCCCAGGCAGUGGGUCAGUCCUGCUCCAAGUCCCCAGCCCAAUGCGUGGGCUACGGGCCAUGCAGCAUACAGUCCUGGUUUGAAGCACAGCAAUCCGGCAGGCGCCUACCCAGACAAGAUGUGGUCAAAAACCGGUGAAAGCCGCUGUUCCACUCCUCUCGGGGUUCAAGAGAAAGCCUGGAAGUCCUGCGGAGGUUCAGUUGCCGGCAGUACACCCUCCCCUGCUCCUGAGGGGCGCCUCUUCCCCGACGCACUGCAACAGUCAGAUCAGUCCGGCUGGGACCCGAGUCGAGCAGAGCGCAAUGCUGCGAGCACUAAGCGUCGCGAGGAGGAUGACGACGAGGUGUGGUCCGACAGCGAGCACAACUUCCUGGAUCCUAACAUCGGCGGUGUUGCGGUCGCACCAGCCCACGGGUCCAUCCUCAUCGAAUGUGCCCGACGGGAACUCCACGCGACCACUCCGCUGAAAAGACCCGACCGCUCGCACCCCACCCGCAUCUCUCUGGUCUUCUAUCAGCACAAAAACCUCCAUCAGCCCAUGCACGGGCUGGCUGUGUGGGAGACCAAAAUGAAACUGCUGGCAGAGCGGGCUCUCCAGAGGCAGCAGGAAGCAGCUCUCCUCGGCCUCUCCCAGGAGGAAAUCAAGGCGCUCAGCAAGAAACGCAAGUGGGGCGUCACCGCAGCAGGGGCCGCCCCAGGUGCCGGACAAUCGAAAGACAAGAGGGAGGGCCCCGUGACGCGUUUAGCGCCCAGUUUCCACACCACCUCCAUGGUGACCGCGGCUCCCUAUGCCUUCACCCGCCUCACUGGGCCAUACAGCUACUUUGUGUGACGACGCUCGCCCGCCAGGAUCGAGGGAUGAGCAGGACGAAUGUCCCAUGGCCGUCUCUCCGUCAUGCCCCCCCCCCCCCUCCGCCGUCCACUUGGAGGGCCCGGACAUUGUAAUGGCUAUUAUUAUUUUUUACCUCAUGUCAGGCAGUGUUUGGCCUCGAGACACACUGCCUGUGGUGCUCCUCCUCUCUUUUUCCCAGAGAGGAACUACAUUGCUUGUUUUUUUUUUUUGUUUUUGUUCCUUGUUUAUAGAAUUCUAAUGGUUUUAAAAAAAAAAAAAAUAUUGCUACUGUUAUUGUCAACAUUAUAAUGAUUGCAAUUGUUACUGUCAAUGUCGUUAUUACCGGUAUUGUAAUGAAGAAUUGUCGUUUU